AAAUGCACGCGAGGCCCUCAGUGCAUAUUUAUUCUCAUUUAAACAGCAUGUUUAUUUACAAGAUAAAACAAGAGAAUUUCUGAUUAAAGUAAUGGAAUUGGUCGGAAAUUACUUACUUUCUCUGUUAAACGUUUGCUAUUUGUUAGCUUGAGCUGGUUAGCAGUGCUUACCUGCUAGCUGACCAUGAAAACAAAGACCGCCAGGGUGACAGAACAAAUAAUUGUGUAGUUAUUAAAUGUAUUAAUAAUAUGUCCAGAGUUAUGUUUAACAGAUUAAUUGCGUAUUUAUAUUAUUUUCAUGAUAUGUAUUUAAUUAUAAAUAGAAUAUUUAGCUAAGUAUUCCACAUUCCCAAACAUUUAAACUUGAUGCACUUUAUUUUCAUUAUUUUUGUACAUUGUAAAGCUGCAGUAAAAUAAAUGUUUUAAAACAAUCCACAUAAAUUGUUUAGAUGGACAGAGACAGCAGCACCACCAUAUGACCCCAGGCACCUAAGUCUUACAGACCCAGCAUGAUGAUGGAGACGAAAGUUUUAAUGACCAGGAGGAUGGCAAUGGCUUCAAAGACAAUUAACGAGAGCAGGACAUUUACCUUCCUAUUGCCAACGUUGCUCGCAUCAUGAAGAAUGCCAUUCCACAGACUGGAAAAAUUGCGAAAGCUACAAAGGAAUGUGUGCAAGAGUGCGUUAGCGAGUUUAUCAGCUUCAUCACAUCUGAAGCCAGCGAACGAUGCCAUCAAGAGAAACGCAAGACCAUAAAUGGCGAGGACAUCUUGUUUGCCAUGUCCACACUGGGUUUUGAUAUGUAUGUGGAGGCCCGCAAACUCUACCUGCAGAAGUUCAGAGAAGUGAUGAAGGGUGAGAAAGGCAUCAAUCCAGUAACAGUCACAGAGGGCCUCGGAGAAGAGCUCACAGAUGACAGUUUCACCGGUCAGCUGCCUGCUGGACUGAUCACUGCAGAUGGCCAGCAACAGAACAUGAUGGUGUACACCACCUCAUACCAACAGAUAUCUCACCUGUGAUGAAGAGUCCUUCUCACCUCCAACUUUGGCAUCUACACUUCCUGUUUUAUGAGAUGGCUGGGAAUCUGAAGAAAUUACAUAUAAAAUGUAUAUAUAUGUACAAACGACUGCCG